AUGCUAGGAACAGUGGAUACGUGUGAUGAGAAACCAACUCCACUGUCGGAUGGGAGCUACAAUCCGCUGAAUCUGCCUAUCGAUCGGGAAGGACAUUAUGUACCGGUGCCUGAAGUAUGUGCCCGUGUAUUACGACCACACCAACGUGAGGGUGUCGCUUUCAUGUUCGCUUGCUUGCUGGGUCUCAGUGACUAUCCGAAAGAGGUUGCGGAAAUUGUGGACACCACUAAGGCGAACGGAUGCAUACUCGCAGAUGAUAUGGGUCUUGGAAAAACCCUUCAGAGCAUUGCAGUAAUGUGGACGUUGCUACAAAGCUUCGAUGGUCAAAACAAAAGAUGUACGUUCAUACGGCUGUGGCUGCACAUGGUGGGUGUAUACAAGGUGGGUAUGCAUGGGGUGAUAAUGUCGCUUAGUGGCAGAGAAGGUUCUGGUGAUAAAUGGUUGAAAGGUGCUUGUCGUCAUACGGCAGUAAAUGAUGGAGUACGUUCUAAAGUAUUGGCGAAGCUGGAAGGGUUCAAAUAUGACCGAGUAUCCAAAGUCCUCAUAGUGUCAUAUGAAGCGGUUCGAAUGCAUUUGAAAUUAAUUAAAAACAAAUUAAAAUUCGAUUUAAUUAUCGCUGAUGAAGCACACCGAUUAAAGAACUCAGAAAGCGGUAUCAGCUCGGCCAUUGCUUCUAUGGACUGCAGGAAACGAUUACUACUAACGGGGACACCAUUACAAAAUGACCUGAACGAAUUCUUCAUCCUGGGCGCACUCGCUAACCCUGUAAUUUUCACCGACGACAAAUCCCGGAAAAAUUAUGUAAAUCCGAUCCUGGCAGGGAUCAACCCAGACGCAACGGAUAAGGAGAUUACUUUUGCCAAAGACAAGUUGUCCACGCUCGCGAAAAUCACCAACGCCUUCGUACUCAGACGAAGCAACGUUCUACUCAGAACGGUCUUGCCGGACAAAGUCGUAGCAGUAAGCACUCUUCCACAACAGUUACUGUUCACUGCAACUGCUGUGCAGUUGUUGACUGCAACU